AAAAUCGGUGAUAAUCGGUGAUAAUAAAAUAAACACACCUCUGCAUCAAAGUCGGUAACGAUGGAGGAAUAUAACUCCGUAGACGAGGUUGUGUUUAACGCUGAUGAGGUCAAUAUCUCAGUUAAAGAGUGUAUCGAAGGUGUUAUUGGUGGAACAGAUUACAACCAGAGUAAAGUGAACCAGUGGACGGCCAGUAUAGUGGAGCACUCUCUGACUCACCUGGUGAAACAAGGACGACCAUUCAAAUACAUAGUAAACUGUGCGAUUAUGCAAAAGACCGGCGCUGGUCUCCACACAGCCAACUCCUGCUACUGGGACACUGCCACUGAUGGAAGCUGCACGGUGAGGUGGGAGAAUCGCACCAUGUACUGUGUGGUCAGUGUGUUUGCCGUUGCCGUGGCGCUGUGAGCUGCUCUCUCCAAACACCAUCAUGUCUGAUGUCUUGAAAUCGCCCCAUGACCAAGAAGCCGUGAAGAUCCUCUCAAGAUUCAUCUCUGUAUGAGCAACAAGCUUAUUUCUCCCCGAACAACAGAACGUCAGGAUGACCGUUUGUGAGCUGCGUUAGUGUGAGAAAAUGCGGCAUUGUCAGGACCAAGAUCAGAAUUUAACCCUGAAGCACUAGUUUGUUAAGAAGUUACACCUCAAACAUCCGUGUUGUUUGGUCAGUAGAUGUUUAGACGUGAACACUAAGUAUUUCUGUAUGUCCCAAAUGGUGUAAUCUGUGCAUAAUGUUAAACUUGAUUCAUUUUUAGCCAUGCUAGCAGCAGGACUCGGGGUGGCAGAGUAAUGGUCCACUACUUUGUCCCAGACUGAAACAUGUCAAUAAUGGUUAAUUGGAUUUCCAUGAAAUUUGCUACACACAUUCAAGCCUCCAUCAGGAUAAUUUGUAGUAAGUUUGGGGAUCUGAUACUUUGGUUUAUCAUCAAAUUCUUGCAGAACUAAUAUCUGCACUCUUUGUUUAGAGCAAAUUUUCAAAUGUUAGCAUGCUAGCAUGCAAAGAAAAAGGCAGUGAGCAUGGUUAUCAUACCUGCAAAGCAGCAGCGUGUUAACAUAGACAUUAGCAUUUAGCUCAAAGCACUGCAGUGUUGAAGUUCAGCCACACAGAGCUGCUGGCAUGGCUGUAGACUUUCAGGCUCGUCUUUAUUUUUCUUCUACAGUACAUUCCCAAAUAAAACAGUUGUUGUAGUUUUGUAUUUAAGAAGUCUGACUGUUUUAGUAUGUACCUGAUUACUUGUAUAAAGUGUAUUUACUAGUUGGCAUUAAUGUUUUGAUGACUGGUCUGUAACUGUGCAGAGAUGAGAGUUUUUCCAGGAUGACUGAGUUUAAUGAGCCGAACGACUAAUGCACUUUUUUUUUUUUUAAGACUUUUUCUGUAAAAUU